UCGACCAAAGAAAGCAUCAGAACAGAGGAGGGAGCGCCUCGGAUCCCGUUGCCCUCCCCCGUAUCUCUCUCUCCUCCGCCUCCUCCUCUCUGCUUCACCCAGAGAAGAACGGGAGAGAGAUCAGGGUCGUUGGACGCUCUUUGAUCCGGAUUUCCUGAAGCGGAGGGAUGGCAGCGAUCCCCAGGGCUUCGCUCGGUCUGGUGGCCAUUGUGCUUCUCGGCUUGGACAUCGUCCUGCCGAACGUCCAGGCUCAGGCCCCUGCUCCCGCUCCUACCAGCGACGGUGGCGCAUCAAUCGACCAAGGGAUAGCUUAUCUGUUAAUGCUGGUGGCACUGGUCCUGACCUACCUCGUCCACCCCCCGAAUGAUGCCUCCACCCCCUACAACCUCUUCUAAUCCUUCAGGGACUACAUCUAUGUUCGUGAGUUAGGAGGUAAUGAUAGUUCUUUUGCUAGUAAUUAGUCUGUAUGUGGAUGCAUCAUGGUGUGGGAUUUGGACCCUUUUGAAUGGAAUUAUCUUGUUGGUUUA